GGCGUCUCCGUCCGCAGAGUGCCCGCCGUCGAGCAGUACGUCAACGGUGUUCGUUGCCCAGGCGUCUGUCGUGCGAAACAGUCGAGGUUGUGCGGUCUUAGAGGGUUAUUUUUUUAUCGCAAUAGCCGAGUAAUGCAGUGCGCGACAGGGGUUCGUCCGGGGGAGGAAGAAGGUGCCGCGCGCGUCAAGUUUACGUGACGGAAGUGAGAGGCCGCCGAAUGAGGGACGCAUAGCGUAGCGUGGUAGUAUUACGUGAGAAUACAGCCGGACGGACACACGCCACAUCCACACAUCCGCACCCGCGACACCCAACCACCCACACCCCCACACCCCCCCACACACACACACACACACACACACGCGUUAUGAUAGCCGAGGUACGGCCGAGGGGAUUUUCAGGAAUCGUCGAUACCUGCCGCGGGAGCCUGCUGCAGACCUCUUUCAACCUAAAUCCAAAGAUGCCUCGUAAACUGAGAAGACUGCCGAUUGUUAUUCCGAAGUAUCGAAAUGUAUUUCUUCGUACGCGAAACGGUAUACACAGACGGUGGCUUACCUGCAGCCCGUGCGCGUGACCAAAGCUCCAAGCUGCUCAUUAUUAACUCCAUGCGAGACGAGUAAGAACGAUCUUGCACAUUUACCCGCUACCGUCACCCUCGCUCACUCACCGUUCCAUCCCGUCGCCUUCCUCCUCCACGCGCUACUACCCGGCCAGGAUCGUAGCCUCAUCCGCUUCUCGCAUUCGCGGUUCCCAACCUUAAACACCUACGGACGACAACCCCUUGCCUCGUAUGCACCUACACGCGUAGGCACGGUGUGACACGGGAUCUGUUGUACGUAUGUAAUGCAGGAUAGACAACCGCAGCUGCACCGAUAAACUCUUGUGAUAGAAUCUCGUCUAGCGUUCAGCGGCAGGUUUUCGAAGGAAAAGUAAAGAAGAGGAGUUAAUAGAAAGAUUGAAAAAAAAAAGAAAAAAAAAACAAAGUAAACAAAUAACAUAACAAACAAACGUGACGAGUAUAAUAAAAAUCCCGGCUAAACCGACACACGUAUAAUUCUAGCCGUACAUAAUAGAUUAACAUAGUAAUAUUGAUUCCGCCUCGCAAUAAUAAACGCAAAGAGUGCAGUAUUAUAAAUAAUUCGAAUCAGCAAAACCCUUCGCGACCUAGCAGUAUAUAAAUAUAUACAUAUAUAAGCACAUAUAUACGUAUAAUAUUAGAUUUGAAAUUUAUAUAAAAAAAAAAUAAUAACAAAACAACUUACCGAUCAUUAGUGUGCCGCUGCUACAUAGUGCCACGUUUUGAGUGUCCUUAACUUGCUUCGAUAUCGUCGCAUCAACAUGUCUCUACUAAGUGUUACAGUGAAGAAGGCCCGGUUCGUAGGAGUUCAAGCGCAACAAUUCAACACGUACGUAACGCUGAAGCUGCAGAAUGUUAAAUCAACAACGGUCACCGUCAAGGGAGCCAAUCCGUGCUGGGAGCAAGAUUUUCUAUUCGAGACGAACGAUCCGAACACUGGGCUUCUGGUCGAGGUCUGGAGCAAGGGGAUGAUCUGGGACCGCGCACUCGGCUAUCACUACAUUCCCUUGCCGGAAGUGUCCUACUCGAACGAGGUCGACGAUCGUCAGGACGGUUCCGGCCAAUGGAUCAGCCUGGAUUCGGAGCUGGAGAUGAGAGGUGGCGAAGUAGUUGGUACGAAAGCACCGACGGGACACAUGCUGCUGAUCGAUUGUCGGUUCGAGCUGCCUUUUGGAAAGUGUGACCCUCCGACCGGAUGGAAAUCUCUGCUAAGAAGCGAAACGGCUAUGAAGUUGAGAGCGGCUCGGCCCACGUGCGGCUCAGACCCAGAAAAUACAGAAGCAGCGGACCUUCAAAGGAAGUUGGAACUAUUGAACAAUAUAAUGGGUCAGGAGGCGAGAGCGGAGCAGGCACGACGACAGAUAUUGUACACGGGACACUCUGGGUACUCCGAGGACUCGGACUACACGUCGGAUUUAAACUACCCGGUCGGUGGCCAGGGCGCGAAUAGCUCCGCCUCCCAGUUUCGCACCGCUGCAAACCAACUGGCCACUCCGCAGCGAUCGUUGGAAACAUCGAGGGAAAAUAGCUACGAGAGGGACGAUCAUCAGAUUCCAGCUACGGUUGGCGGUCGACUGACAGCUGGAAGUUACGGUGGGUACGGUGGUCGAGGACACAGUCCAAGGUACGAUGAACCCUAUCCCGAAGAGGGGCGUUCCGGGAGGUACACCACCUCUCAUGUCGGCGAAAGUUCCGAGCCUUUGUUUUACAACAGCAGGCCGCGACACUACAAGGAAUCCAGACGGCGGAAGCACACGUGGGACCAGGACGACAGCCAGGACGGGUGGUACAGCGAAGGUUACCAAGACUACCAUGGCACGCGGACCAAGGGAGAAGGCAGUAUUUUCAGCGAAUUGGAUUUUCUCACGAGCACGACGACGACGAAUACAGCCUCGAAAAAGAGAGACGCUCUUUACUCCGGAUCCCAACGGAGGCCGUCGCUGGAACGACAGACGACUUUGUACGACGAGCAUUCGCACUACCCUCAAGAUUCGUACUUGAACAACCAGCAUCCGGACGCGACGACGGACGCCAGGACGAGAAAGCUGAGCGCAACGUACCCCGAAAGCUUCACGGACAUCAGUUAUAACGAGUAUUACGACCCCGUAACAGGAUACGCCUACCAGGACGAGAGAUACGGCCAAGACGAGGAGGACAGACAGUGGGAUAGCGGGGGGAAGUGGUACCCACACGGUAGCACUCCUUAUGAAAAUUUUCGUAACCGUAGAAAAAAUCUUCCUCAGAGACCUGCGUCUAGCAUUGGAAUCCAUAGGCCGGAAUAUAGGCCAGCGGUCACCAGACAACGCAGUUAUGACUCGGAGGAAAUGGAUUAUAGUGGACCAACGUCACGGCGUCGAAAAACCCUUCAACCCCAGCGUAGGCCGAUGUCGCGACAGGAAGGCACCGGCAAAAAGUUACCCCCAACUCCAACGAAACCGAGUAGCAUUUUAGUCGGUAAAAAACCUGCCUCACUUCCAACGACCCCGGGGAGACAGCUGCCCAGGACUAGAACACCGUCCGAGGAGGGAUACUACAAGUCUGAUUACAACGAGGAUUACAACUACGCGUACCAGAGCCAGGACAACCUGCCGCAGGAUACGUACACGGAAAAUGUUUACGGUGAGGCGUAUCUCGGCCUCAAGGACUCUUCGUAUCAGCAACCAUACACCCAAACUUACACCACCGACUACUCGGCAGAAGCGUACAACGACUCGGCCGUACAAGACCAGGGAAUUUACAAUCAGGCGAUAGGUCAGUAUCCCAAGGAGUACGAUCAGAGCAGGUUACAAGACGGACCUUACGAGGAGCCGACCUACAACGCGCAGCAAGCGUACGAGCAAAGCAAGGCGGUAGGCUACCAGGAACCUUAUCAAGACCCCUACGACCAAACGACUCACGACAAUUAUGGAAAGGCCGUGCUCGAUCCUUACCAAACGUCGCAAGGACGGACCAGCGACGAGUACGUGGAACCUGGGGUCGUCGAAAACGCGAUGGACUCGACGUCGUACAAAGAUACAGGGUACCAACAAACUCCUGAUAAUUAUCAGGAGCAGUAUCCCGGUCACUACGACUCGCAGUAUAACGUUCCCGCUUCCGUGAGUUACGAGCAGACGAGUCUGGCCCAGGGAAACUACCAGGACAGCUUCGAUCAAAACAACGUCACGGAGGCUUAUGAUCCUGCGAUAUAUCAGAAGCCUUACGAUCAGCCGACUGAAGAGAAUUACCAGGACAAAUAUGCGGACCAAUAUGUCGUUCCGACGUCGGGGGCGUAUGGCGAUGGGUACCAGGAAGAUUUCGGUCGAGAACCGGUCCCGGUUUCUCAGGCGCAGUACGACGAGUCCUACAAGCAGCAGGAUAUGUACCAGGACCAAUACACGGCGUACAAAGAGGCAUAUGUAAACGAGGGUCAGAGUGACUACAAAGAUGAUUACCAGCACCAGUACCAGGAUCAAGACUACACCGAGCAGUACGACGAUUCGUACCAGGAGUCGUAUCAAGAAUCUUUCGAGAAGUACAAGGAAGGCGAGAUGGCGGAUAUAGAAAGGCGGCAGAGCGAAGUGCCGGAACUUUCCGUCACGACCCCGCGAGGCCAGACCAGGCUGAACGGUUACCCUUCAAGCGAGUCGGAAUACUUUUACCCCUCUCAGGACAAUCAGGUGAUUUCGCCGUUGGGCUUGUCGAGGAAAAAGAAGCUCGGUAAGCGAGAAGCGAAUCCUCUUCAACAGCAGAACACCGACUCUCUUGAGUCCAGAGACGACGAACUGAAAGAGUCCUUCGAGACCGCGGUCAGCUCCAUUGGCAGCAGCCAGACCAGAAGAGGGUUUUCCGAGUAUUCGACAGCCGGAGAAUCGAGUCCUACGGCGGUCACGCUGGUCGACUCACCUCAAGGGCAGCGUCAAGGCCAAAUCCCAGUGUCGGGACUCACGUCAGCCAACCACGUGGUGGUGGGCAGUCAAGCAAAUGUGACGGUCGUUACGACGUCGGCGGUUGUUCACAACGGGUCGGCGAUAACGACGAACGGAAAAAGGUUGACAAGAACCGACUCGUAUCAGACGGAAAUAAUGGAGGACGAGUAUCAGGACGUUGUUCCAAGUGAACCCCGGAGAAAAGACUCGCAGCUUUCCCAUCAAAGUAUCAGCAGUCAGCCCUCCGUUCAUUCCCAACAGAAGCCAAAAUUAACUAGAGGCGAACCUUACGCGACAGAUCACAUGUCGAGGGAUGAUUCCUAUGAUAAUUUAUCCAGGAAGGACUCUUACGCACAGUCGGUGAGGAGGGAUUCUUACGGAUCUAUCCACACUCAAGACGGGUUCAAACCCCCGCUCAACAGGACCGAUUCGUAUCAACAGAGGGAAUUGUCCAGGGGUGGAUCAUACGCCCAAAAUUUCAACGCGCCUCAGCCCAUAUCCAGGGCCGAAAGCUAUCAGAGAGGGUAUUUUAAACAACAGGACUCUAUGGAGGACACCGAUAUUGUUCUUAGCAACACUGUAAACGGAGAGUACAAAAUGAGAGACGAAACUCUUGAAAGGUAUCAACGUGGAGAAGAAGCCAUGAUUCGAGGGUCUAGGGAAAACUCUUUGGUCGAGCCCUAUAAGGGGACGCCACCCACAUCACACUCCAUCAGUCCUCAAGGGAGCGUGAUCAAACAAGCGUCCUUAGACGAGAGCGUGCAGAUGGAUACACCUCCGAGAAGUCCACCAGAACCACCUGCGGACGAAGAACUCCUUGAUCUGGUAGGAUCUGUUCCUGUACCAACUCAACUGAAAGAACGCACGGAGAUGACACCGAAGCAGAGAUGGCACUGGGCCUACAAUAAGAUCAUCAUGCAGUUAAACGUGAGUAAUUACGACAGUUACCUAUUUGCCCUGCAACGUUUCAUUUUCACAUCCGGUGGGUAA